CGUGGGAGGAGGAAGAUGGCGGCUGGCAAGAGCGGCGGCGGCACCGGGGAGAUUACUUUUCUGGAAGCUUUGACUAAAUCAGAAUCUAAGAGAGAUGGAGGUUUUAAAAAUAAUUGGAGCUUUGAUCAUGGAGAAGAAAGUGAAGGAGAUACAGAUAAAGAUGAGACAAAUCUACUCAAUGUAGAUGAAGAUGAGGAUUCUGAAACCUCAAAAGGAAAAACGUUAAAUCGUCAAUCUGAAAUUGUUGCUACUGGUUCUGGUGAUUCUUGGAAGACAUGUGCAAGACGAAACAAGACUGAAAAUGUAAAACCUUUAAAAGGCAACCCAAUUGGACUUAACAUGUUGAGCAACAAAAAGAGACUGAGUGAAAAUACACAGAAUGCACCAUUAUGUUCUGGAACUGUUAUUGAUGGUAGAUGUUUUCAUCAUGCUAAUGCACAAGUACCAAUAGUAAAAACAGCAGCCCAAAGCAGUCUGGACCAAAAGGAAAGGAAACACAUACCAAAUAUUGGAUAUAGAGUAGCCAUAAUGUAUGAAGUGUCGGCAGAUACACUUAAUAGUUUAUUGACAUUAAAUUACAAUACAUGGAAAGAAUAUCCAUCUCAUGUCCAAAAAUUUGAAAGUAAUUCAGUAAAGUCAAGUCGGCCCCAUGGUGUUGAUCGUAUAAUGAAGAAAACAGAAGAGUCUGAAUCACAUUUAGAGUCUGAAAUUAAAAGGAAAGUAUCACAGAAACGUCACAGUACAUAUCAGUCUACUCCUCCUCUGUCUCCUGCCUCAAAAAAAUGUUUAACUGAUUUAGAGGAUUUGCAAAGAAAUUACAGACAAGCUAUAACUUUGAAUGAAUCAACUGGACCAUUAUUGAGAACGUCAAAUCAGAAUUCUGGAGGACAGAAGUCACAGAACACAACAUUAACACUCAAGAAGUUUUAUGGCAACAGUGUGGGAAAGGUUCCAAUUGAUAUUAUUGUGAAUUGUGGUGAUAGACAGAAUUAUUUACAGACUAAUGGGAAAGUCGUUUUACCUAGGGCAAAGGGAGCAAAAACCACAAACCUGAAAGAAAGGAAAACAAGCCUUUCAGACCUAAAUGAUCCAAUCAUUUUGUCCAGUGAUGAUGAUGAUGACAGUGACAGGACUAACAGAAGAGAGAGCAUAUCUCCUCAACCUGCUGAUUCAGCAUGUUCUUCCCCAGCACCAUCCACUGGAAAAGUAGAAGCAGCACUAAAUGAAAAUACCUGUAGAUUAGAGCAUGAACUAAGAAGCAUUCCAGCAGAUUCAGAGUUAAAUACAGUCCCAUUGCCAAGAAAAGCAAGAAUGAAAGAUCAGUUUGGUAAUUCUAUUAUCAACACACCUAUAAAACGUCGCAAAGUGAUUUCUCAAGAAACUUUAGUUGAUCCUGUAUCUUUAAGCUGCCAGAAUUCCUUUGACAGUGUCAUUUUAAACUGUCGAAGUAUACGAGUAGGAACACUCUUUCGGCUAUUAAUAGAGCCUGUAAUUUUUUGUUUAGAUUUUAUCAAGAUACAGCUAGAAGAACCAGAAAAUGAUCCUGUAGGGAUUACUUUAAAUACCUCUGAUUUAACUAAAUGUGAAUGGUGUAAUGUCCGAAAAUUACCAGUAGUGUUUCUUCAGACGAUACCAGCAGUUUAUCAGAAGCUGAGUAUGCAACUGCAGAUGGAGGAUAAAGUUUGGAAUGAUUGUAAAGGAAUAAAUAAGUUAACAAAUUUGGAAGAACAGUAUAUAAUUUUAAUUUUUCAAAAUGGCCUUGAUCCUCAAGCAAAUACAGUAUUUGAAAGUAUCAUUACUGAAAUUGGUAUAAAGAAUAAUGUGUCCAAUUUUUUUGUGAAAAUUCCCUUUGAAGAAGCCAAUAGCAGACUUGUUGCCUGUACAAGAACCUAUGAAGAAAGCAUCAAAGGAAGUUGUGUGCAAAAAGAAAACAAAAUUAAAAAUGUGCCCCUGGAAUCUAAAAUACACUUUAAAAGCAAACAUGAAUUCCAGUUUUUUGAUGAUGAGGAGGAAACUGGAGAGAGUCAUACCAUCUUUAUGGGUCCUGUAGAAAAAUUGAUAGUAUAUCCACCACCUCCAGCCAAGGGAGGCAUCUCCGUUACUAAUGAGGACCUGCACUGUUUAAGUGAAGGAGAAUUUUUAAAUGAUGUUAUUAUAGACUUUUAUUUGAAAUAUUUGGUGCUUGAAAAACUGAAGAAAGAAGAAGCUGACCGAAUUCAUAUAUUCAGUUCUUUUUUCUAUAAACGCCUUAAUCAGAGAGAGAGGAGGAAUCUUCAUGAAACAACUAAUCUAUCAAUACAGCAAAAGCGGCAUGGGAGAGUAAAAACAUGGACUCGGCAUGUAGAUAUUUUUGAGAAGGAUUUUAUUUUUGUACCCCUUAAUGAAGCUGCACACUGGUUUUUGGCUGUUGUUUGUUUCCCUGGUUUGGAAAAACCAAAGUAUGAACCUAAUCCUCAUUACCAUGAAAAUACAGCCAUGCAAAAAUGUUCAACUGUAGAGGACAGUUGUAUUUCUUCUCCUUCAGCCAGUGAAAUGGACAGUUGUUCACAAAACUCUUCUGCCAAGCCUGUAAUUAAGAAGAUGCUAAACAAAAAGCAUUGCGUAGCUGUAAUUGAUUCAAGUGCUGAACAGGAAGAAAGUGACCCUCGUUAUCGGAAAAACAUAUGCAGUGUGAAAUGUAGUCUGAAAAAAAUAAAUCAUACUGCAAGUGAAAAUGAAGAAUCAAAUAAAGGAGAAUCUGCAUGCCAGAAAGUUGUUGAUAGGACUAAAAGUGAGAAUGGCCUACAGAAUGAAUAUUUAAGUUCUAUGCACCAUACAGAUGGCUUAAGCAAAAUCAGGCUAAACUAUAGUGAUGAGUCAGCUGAAGCUAGUAAAAUGCUUGAAGAUGAACUCAUCGACUUCUCAGAAGAUCAGGACAACCAGGAUGAUAGUAGUGAUGAUGGAUUCCUUGCUGAUGACAAUUGCAAUUCAGAAAUAGGACAGUGGCAUCUAAAGCCUACUAUCUGUAAACAGCCUUGUAUCCUACUGAUGGACUCACUCAGAGGCCCUUCUCGAUCAAAUGUUGUAAAAAUUUUAAGAGAGUAUUUAGAGGUGGAAUGGGAAGUUAAAAAAGGAAGCAAAAGAAGUUUUUCCAAAGAUGUUAUGAAAGGCUCUAAUCCAAAAGUACCCCAACAAAAUAACUUCAGUGAUUGUGGUGUAUACGUAUUACAGUAUGUAGAGAGCUUUUUUGAGAAUCCAAUUCUCAAUUUUGAACUACCUAUGAAUUUGGCAAACUGGUUUCCUCCCCCAAGAAUGAGAACAAAAAGAGAAGAAAUUCGAAACAUAAUUCUAAAGCUGCAGGAAGAUCAGAGCAAAGAGAAAAAGAAGCAUAAGGACACUUACUCAACAGAAACAUCUUUAGGUGAAGGAACAGAACAGUGUGUUGACAGUAUCUCAGAUUGACCAUUUCUGAUUCUUGUCAGUGUUGUCCUGAGAAACUGAGUGACUUUCACCUUUGGGUACAGACAGUAAAGAACGGAGGUGCUCACUACUCAGAGUGAUUCGAAAUGUUAAUGCUUGUAUAAAUGUCAUAUAAUUAAUUUCCAAUGGAGUAUGUAUUGUCUGUAAAUAUGUUAAUGAGGCCAAUUUUUCCAGCAUUUAUAAUUAUUUUUUUCACUUGUUAGGAAGCUUUUGUUAUGUAUUUUCUGUUAAUAGUACUUAAAACUGCAACUUCUAAACACAAAAUAAAUAAAUAUUUAUA